CCGAGCCUCCACCUCAUUCCCUGAUACAUGAGCAGAAGAUCCUAGAACUUACCACCAGGAUCACUGAGCUGCUGAGCGGAGAGGUGAGCGCUGCUGGGAAUGCUGGGACAUUAUACAAUAACGCCAAGGGAGGGGUCUGGUAAUGACUGUAUCCUUGUGUUGUCAGGUUCCUAUAAGGUGUCAGGAUGUCGCUGUCUAUUUCUCCAUGGAGGAGUGGGAGUAUUUAGAAGGACAAAAGGAUCUGUACAAGGACGCCAUGAUGGAGAAUCACCAGUCCUUCACAUCACCGGAUGGAUCCAGUCAGAGAAAUCCACCAGAGAGAUGUCCCAGUCCUCAGUAUUCCCAGGACUGUCCAGAGGAGAAACCAAAUAUCCCACUGGAUCAUCAGGAAAGUUCUGGUGAAACGACGAGUGGACUUGAAAAGCCCAUCUCAGUGACUGUGAAAGUGGAAGACUGGAUGAGCGACUCCUAUGGAUAUCUCCAUUUAUCUUCCUAUCAUGAAGUAGAAGAUAACAAUACCACACAAUAUGAUUCAAUAACUCCUAAUGUACCCUCAGUCUUUCACAGCAGAGAUCUAUCCACCAAUACCACUGGUCACAAGAAACCUUCAUCUAAGAAAUUACUGAUUGGCAAAGCAAGAACUAAGCAGAAAUGUGGGAAAAAGAUUUCUUGUGAGAAACAUUUUAAAAAGAAAUCUAAUCUUUUUUUGCAUGAGAGAAAUCGCAGAGAUAACAGGUCAUUUUCAUGCUUGACAUGUGGAAAAUCUUUUAGCAUGAAAUCCAUUCUAGUUAGACAUCAGAGAACUCACACAGGGGAGAAGCCUUAUUCGUGUCCUGAAUGUGGGAAAUGCUUUAAUCAGCAAUCAUCUCUUCUUUAUCAUCGGAGAGCUCACGAAAGAGUGAAGCCAUUUCCGUGUCCAGAUUGUGGAAAAUGUUUUAGACAGAAAUCAGAUCUUUGUAGACAUAAGAAAACUCACACAGGGGAGAAGCCAUUUUCAUGUCCUGAAUGUGGGAAGUCUUUUAGUCAGAAAUCACAUGUUGUGGAACAUCAAAGAAUCCACUUAGAGGAGAAGCCAUUUUUAUGUCCACAAUGUGGGAAAUGCUUUAACAGUCAAUCAAGUUUUUUUCGGCAUCAGAGAACUCAUACAGGGGAGAAACCAUUUUCAUGUCUUGAAUGUGGGAAGUGUUUUAGUGAGAAAUCAAAUCUUGUUGCACAUCAGAGAGCUCACACAGGAGAGAAGCCAUUUAUGUGUCCUGAAUGUGGGAAGUAUUUUAGGGUGAGAUCAAUGCUUAACAAACAUCUAAGAAGUCACACAGGAGAGAAACCAUUUUCAUGUCUUGAAUGCGGGAAAUGUUUUAGUCAGAAAACAAAUCUUGUUAGACAUCAGAGAACUCACACAGGGGAGAAGCCAUUUAUGUGUCCUGAAUGUGGUAAGUAUUUUGGUGUGAAAUCAAUGCUUCUAAAACAUCUAAGAAGUCACACAGGAGAGAAGCCGUUUUCAUGUUCAGAAUGUGGGAAAUGUUUUAGCCAGAAAUCACAUCUUGUGAAACAUCUAAGAACCCACUUAGGAAAGAAGCCAUUUUCAUGUGUUGAAUGUGGAAAGUUCUUUAGUCAGGAAUCAAAUCUUGUUACACAUCAGAGAACUCACACAGGGGAGAAGCCAUUUAUGUGUCCUGAAUGUGGGAAGUAUUUUGAUGUGAAGUCAUUGCUUAUACAACAUCAAAGAAUUCACACAGGAGAGAAGUCAUUUUCAUGUUCAGAAUGUGGGAAAUGUUUUACCUGUCAAGCAAGUGUUGUUCGACAUCAGAGAACUCACACAGGUGAGAAGCCAUAUUUAUGUGCAAAAUGUGGAAAGUCUUUUAGUCAGAAAUCAAGUCUAGCUAAACAUGAGAGAAUUCACGCAGAAGAGAAGCCAUUGUAAUGUUCAAAUUGUAAGACAUGUGAGAGAUGUGGAGCUUCAUUGUGGGACCUGCUGCCUACUCCUUUCUUCUGUAGUAUAACUUAAAGUGGUUGUCCAGUUUUCCAUAUUGAUCACCUAUACGGAUAGGUCAUCAAUAUUAGAUCAGCAGGGGUCUGACUCACGGAAACCUAGACGAUAAGCUACAAGCACUGCGGUCCCUUCAUUGUUUGCAUGCCAUUGACACUGCAGGGAUUGCGCAGUGCAAUAAUAGCUGCUUCAUUCCAUUCACUUGAAUGGAGCGGAGCAGUGGUAGUUACACUGCACUUAAUGCUGCAGUGUCUAUGGCAUGCAUGUAAGAGCGAAGGGUCUGCAGCACUCGUAUGGGAGACUCGCCAGGAGUCGGACCCCCAAUGAUCAUAUAUCAAUGACCUACCCUGAGUAUAGGUCAUCAAUAAGGUAAACCAGACAACUCCAUGAGGAUCUGUGUUGUAUUUGUACAGUACAGAAGUGAACUUAGAAGACCUGCACCAAACUAUUGUGAUAUUGCAAUCGCAUUGGCACUGGCAUUGUGCUCUCAAGAACAGGACCACAGCUGUACUACUGCUUGAACAACAGAGAUCACUGAUCACUGUUUAACUCCCUGUGAGCUAUGAUUAAAGGUGAUGAGGGAAAGCAGUGGAUCAUUCUGUUUGACUUCAUUUACACAUCAUAAUGGAAAUACUGAAGCAAAACUGUCAUCUUACAGGUCAAAAGGGCGGAACAUAUUGUUUUAGGUUGUGGUCAAUUUCUCAGUAUGAUUUCAUAAGGAGAAAAAGGUUUUAUUAAAUAAAAAAUUGUGUCUUCCAAAACCACAAUAAAUCCUUUCCCUGCCAUGGACGUAACACAGGCUUACUACAAAUAGCAGGAUUUCAGCCUGUGUAGGAGCUACAGAUGUAAACCAAGAGAUGUAAGCUUU